AUGGGGAAUUCAUCCAAAAGAGAGGUCGAAAAUGAAGAAACUGAUGUGGAAAAUCGGGAGAAAAGGCCAAAGCUAGAGACUCUUAAUCUUUCUCUAGCUUUGCCUGAUGUGUCUCUCUCUCUAGCAGCUUCAAAUCCAAUGCAAAAUGGUGAUCCUCCAGCGCGGUCUAGGCCUAGUAGGAGUGUUCAGUCUUUGGGUCCAUCAAAUAAUCAUACUCAAACCACUUACUCUAAUGAUUUCACGGCGACUUCGCUGUCUUAUUCUUAUUCCCACCCGUUUUCCCACAACCCUAGUUGCUCGCUCACCCGGAAUUCGACUGAGAAUUAUGAAUAUUCGGUAGGAAGUCAUAGGAGAGAUUGUGAUCAAAUAUGGAAUGGUGGGGAGGGGACUAAUGGGUCGGUUCAUAGUCGAUUUAGGCCGAUUGGAGAUGGAGUUGCUUUGUCUAACCAUGGUGGUGGAGUGUUUCCUUUGAUGCCGGGUAAUCACUCAACCAAUAAGGAUAACAGUCUUUAUCGGACACUGAGCUCGGAAAAUCAUUCAUUUUUUCCCUCUGAAUUGCCCGCUAGGCCGAGAUUGGACAUGCACUCAGGUGAUUCAAGAGGAAGAGGCUCUGAGCAACUGAGAGGUUUGGAGAGUUUAGAUGGAGGGAGAGCACGUAAGCUCUCUAGACCUGAGAGGAUCCUUCGAGAGAUUGUGUUAGAGUCUAUUCCUGUCAUGGCUCAGAUAAUUCAGGAGCUUCCGGAUGAAACUGUUGAUUCAACAAAAGAAUACCUGAAGAGUCUCAUUGCAAAGCCUGAGAACAAAGAAGAAUUAGUGGGCCUCCGGAACCGGCUAGAGAGAAGAUCCGACCUUACCAAGGAGACCCUCUUGAAGUCCCAUAAAAACCAACUUGAAAUUUUGGUUGCAAUAAAAAUGGGUCUUGCGAGCUUCUUAUCUAGCCAAAAUCGACUUCCCACAAUUGAGCUGGUGGAGAUAUUCUUACUCGAACGAUGUCGAAAUGGUAAUUGCAGGAGGUUAUUACCUGUUGAUGAUUGUGACUGCAAGAUUUGCUCAACAAAAAAGGGAUUUUGCAGUGAAUGCAUGUGUCCUGUCUGUUUGAACUUCGAUUGUGCCAAUAACACUUGCAGUUGGGUUGGCUGUGACGUAUGCUCCCACUGGUGUCACGCAGCCUGUGGCAUUCAGAGGAAUCUCAUAAGACCCGGGCCAAGCUUAAAGGGGCCCUCAGGGACAACUGAGAUGCAGUUUCACUGCCUUGGAUGUGAUCAUGCUUCAGAGAUGUUUGGGUUCGUUAAGGAUGUGUUUAUGUCUUGUGCAAAGAACUGGGGUCUAGAAACCUUGAUGAAAGAGCUUGAUUGUGUUAGGAAAAUCUUUCGGGGUAGUGAAGAUUUCAAAGGCAAGCAGUUGCAUGUUAAGGCUGAUGAGAUGCUGGCCAAGCUGGAUAAUAAAAUGAUUUCUCCUUCAGAUGUCUGCAGUUUCAUCUUCCAAUUUUUCAACUGUGAGUCCCCAGACUAUAUCUUAUUGCUCCUAGUCUUCUACUGAAUUGUCACUUCUUAUCUGAGGAGGUAAAACAGAUGAUUCCUUACAAGUUUCUUUGAAAAUUGCUUUGGUCUGUCUCGUUGAUAGUUGAACAAAUUGUUUGAAUAAUAAGAAUUUAACAGAUUUGUGGUCUAUUUAUUUUUCUUUGUGUUUUCAUUUUGGACUUUGCUGCUGAAAUAUAUACUUUUGGGUCAAAACUGAUAUUUUAUGGUGAUCAUCAAUAUUAUGCUAAUGUGUUUUUCUAGUCAUCUGAAAGCUAAAAUGACGGUUGUUAUUUGGGAAAGAUAAUGCUAAUAUUUCACAACAGAAAUGAUCAGCAUUUUCUGAAAAUAAUAUAAAUUCGUAUUUUGUAGACUGUAGUAUAUAUAGUUUCAUCCUGUAUUGGAUGAGAAAGUGACUUGAUUAAUGAACCUGGCUUGACAUGCGAAUAGACAAAUCAUAGCGCCUCAUUAUCUGAGAUCUAGGUCUGCUUCUUUUGUCUACUCGGCAUUACGAGGAGGUCAAAAUAUAUCCAUGAGAAAGAUUUAUAUUGGUCUGCGAGCUUGGUAACUGGAUGGGUUUAAAUAUGAGAGACACCUUUAUGUACAAUAACUAUGUACUCAGUUCAUUCCUCAUGACACCUUUGUUGAGGAGGACCAAAUUGGGUAAUUACCUUUAAUGAAAUGUUUGAAGAACAAUGAAAAAAGGGCCACUAGAAUAAUAGGCAUUAAAUUCUGCAUAUCCUUGACUAAAACUAAUGAGACUUGUGAAAGCAUAAGUGCAUAUUUUUUGAUAUGAAAAUAGAACUAUGCCCUUUAUCCCUGUUCAGGGUCAUAUCUGUGUUUAGUAUCCCAUAAGGCACUUUUGCACAGCCUGGAUAAACUUUUGACCCUCUUUAUCACAAUUUUUCCUUUUAACUUAAAGAAAAUUGCUUUACCAUAUUGAUCAAUCAUUGGUCCUGCU